UAUAUAAUUUUGACAACUCCAAAUAAUGACUCCGAUUAGACUCCAUAAAAAUGGAGUAAGUUAAAUUAAAGGGAGAUUUAUCUAUUAUCAGAAAGCUAGAAGAAAUAGAUCAAAUAAGUUUCUAAAUUUUUUUUAUUUUCCGUUUUUUAAAUGACAAAAUUAAAUUUUUAUUGUCUCUCGAGUGUAUAUAGUAAAGUGCAAGAAUUACAACAACCUCAGCCAAUUAGACGCCGCCAAUGGUCUAAUGUGUUGUUUUAAUUGGCCAUUUCUACUGAUUACUACGAUUCCUACAUUAACUACACUCAAAAAGAGAUUAUCUAAACAGCAGUGUACACAAAAGACCACGUGCGUCCAAUAGUCCAGUUUGAUGUUUCAAGAUCGACAGCACACUUUGUGACACAUUCGUAUGCGAUUUCCUGACGGUCUCGAAUAUGGCAAUUGAUCUGGGAUUCGUGGAAAAAUGUGAGUCCUGGCGACUCCAAAGCAGAUUCUUUCCCAGUAAAGUAGGCGGCAAGCCAGCUUGGCUAGAUAUGAAAAACAUUCCCGGCAAAGAUGACCUGGAGUGCGACUAUUGUGGCGAUCCCUGCGUGUUUCUCUGCCAGAUCUACGCACCGUACGAGGAGGACGCUAACACAUUUCACAGGAUUGUAUAUAUCUUUGUGUGCAAGAAUGCAGAUUGUUGCAGACCAAAUCAGAAUGGAAACCUGAAGAUCUUCAGGUCACAGUUGAAUAGAAUAAACGAUUUUUAUCCAGCCGAACCACCAGUAGAACAAGAGGAUUGGAGAACGGACAUUGAUGUAUUGCAAUGGGCAAAAACAUGCCAUGUCUGUGGGAUUUUAGCUCCUAAUCAUUGCGGAAAAUGUAAAGUUGUCAAUUAUUGCUCACGCAUACAUCAGGUGUACGACUGGAAGAAUAGGCAUAAAGAUACAUGUGGCAUUGAAACAGCGAAAAAUAGCGAUUCCAAUUUUCUGUUUCCUGAAUAUGAGAUUGUCAUAGAGAGCGACGACACUGCGAAAGAAAAUGUUGAGGAAAACGAUUCCAAAAGUGAACAAGAGGAAGUUAAAAAAUACAAUGCAAUGUUGCAAGAUGGCAAACUUGGAAUUCAAAAUGAGAAUGUUAACGAUGAUUUACUUCAAAUGGCUAACGAUGAAAAAGAUGAGACGUUCGCAGAAUUUCGUAUGAAAAUAGAUAAUUUUCCAGAUCAGAUUUUGAGAUAUGAUAGAGGAGGAAAAGUGCUCUAUAUUUCAUCACAUAAUCAAAUAACGGACAUACCAAAAUGUCAGGAAUGCAAUGGUGAGAGACAGUUCGAAUUUCAAAUAAUGCCACAACUAUUAAAUUUUCUUAACUUAAAAGAUGUUAUAAAGUCCUUUGAUUGGGGAGUAUUGGCAGUUUUCACAUGCAAACAAUCUUGUAUACCUAUUAAAAGCAAGUAUGUAAGAGAAUAUGUAUGGAAGCAAGAUAUUGUACAGGAAGAAGUUGAAUCGAGAAUAAAUCAGAAUACUUGAGACUGCAGAGUGUACGGCGCUAAGAUGUUUCAUAAAUUGUAUCUUUGUUUUGAUUCUCACUUUGCACUCGACGCAAGCGAAAUACUGAAUACUGUACCACAAAUCUUGAAAUUCUUUCAAUAUUUGUUCAACCC